AAAUUUUGAGUUUGUUGGCUUCCGGCCUUCCAAAGUUCCAUCCGGUGGCCUCUUUCCACAGAAGGUUCACAGGCUUGCAGCGCUGUUAACCAUGGCGGAGGACCAUGUUGAAGCUGGGUCUUCUACCUUCUACGUCUACCUGGUGGUGAUCGCCCUGCUCACGCUCAUGUCAGGUCUCAUGAGCGGGCUAACUUUGGGGCUCAUGUCCCUGGGGCAAAUGGAGCUGGAGGUUUUGAAACGAUCGGGGACUCCUCGGGAAAGGAAAAAUGCAGCGCGCAUCAUCCCCAUGGUCAGCAACCAGCAUUUGCUCCUGGUGACGCUCCUCAUCUGCAACGCGGCGUGCAUGGAGACACUGCCUAUCUUUCUUGACAAGCUGCUGUCUCCGGUUUUCGCCAUUGUCAUCUCGGUCACGCUCAUCCUCUUCUUUGGCGAGAUUAUUCCCCAGGCAAUCUGCUCCCGCUACGGGCUGGCCAUUGGCGCGAAGAUUUCGUGGUUUGUGUGGACCCUCAUGGGGCUGUGCUUCGUCAUUGCGUGGCCCAUCAGCAAGUUGUUGGAUUACUUGCUGGGCCACGACAAGACGGGCCUGAUGCGCCGCAACCAGCUCAAGGCCCUCGUGUCGAUCCACAACCAGGACGCGGGCCAGGGGGGCGAGCUCACAACCGACGAGACCACCAUCAUUUCGGGCGCCCUGGAGCUGGCUGGCAAGACGGCGGGUGAGGCGAUGACGCCCAUUGAGUCGACGUAUGCGCUGGACCUGCAGUCGCACCUGGACUGGGACACCAUGUUCAAGAUCCAGUCCACGGGGCACAGCCGCAUCCCCGUUUACUCGGGUUCGCCAACCAACAUCAUUGGCAUCCUGCUGACGAAGAAUCUGCUGACGGUGCGCCCUGAGGAGAAGACCCCCCUCUACAAGCUGCCCAUUCGGCGCAUCCCGCGCGUGACUGAGAGCAUGCCGCUCUUCGACCUCCUCAACGAGUUCCAAAAGGGUCAUUCGCACAUGGCCAUCGUCGUGCGGCAUCGUGACAACACCGUCCCGCGCAUGGCCCCCAAGUCCACCGCCAACUCCUACAUCCGCAGCCACAGCAUGAACCACGUGGCAGCCGCUCCGAACGCCCCGGUCGCCCUCGACCCUUCUUCCCCGCCCGUCAAGCGACCUCCCCCGUUGGACGCGGCCGGAAACAGGCUCUCGGUCCGAGUCCCCAGUUCGGACAGUCCGAAGUCCGCCGAGCUCACGCGGAAGAACAGUUAUAAGAGCGUGGAAGUUCUGGACGUGACCCGGAAGCUCCAACCAGUCAAGUCGAACGUCGCGAUGGCGGGGAUUCUGGGCCCGCUGCUCGGCCCGGGUUUGGAGGGUUUGACGGAGGCGCAGCGCGCGGCGCUCCCGCCGCAAGAACCGGGGACCGAGGCGGCGGUCCUCAACACGCCGCCGAUAACCGUUGCUCAGGCCGUAAGUAACUCUCCGGGGGCUCUGGAGUCGGGCGUUAUUCACCCCCCCGGGGCAGCGAUUGGGAGCGUGGGGGAUCCCUCUGUAGAAGGGAGCGGAAAGAGUCGGCACGGGGCGAAGCGGUGGAAUCACAACACGCAGAGGAUCGAGGACUUGGACGGAGAGCUUGCGAUGUGGGCUGCACGGGACGAGGAAGUGGUUGGGAUUAUCACGCUGGAGGACGUGAUUGAGGAGCUGCUGCAAGAGGAGAUUAUCGACGAGACGGACGAGUUUGUGGACGUUGCCAACCAGAUCCGCGUGACCCGUACGGCGAUGGCGAAGCACCCGAUUGGCGCGGUGCGAAAACUCAUGCGGCCUUCGUCGCCCUCACGCGAGACGGACAGCCCAUCAAGAGUUGACUCCACUCCGCUCAGUCAAGGGGAUCCCUCCCAUGUUGCCCUGAAUAUUGAUUCUUGACGGCAGAAGUGGUGCAACCAGUUAGAAAGUAGGACAUUAAUCUCAGGGUUUCCAGGACGCAUGGUCCGCGUACUGGCCUUGUGAGCUUAUUGCCGUAGGAUACUAGUGAGUAGCUAGAGACAGAAUUGGUUUCCUGUGACAUCGCAUGUUGAGUUGUAGAUUGACAAUGUUCACGCCGCUGCAAGGCGGCUGGUGUCUCUGCAUGAGACUUGAAUCAGGUACGAGGUAGAAAGGAGUUACUCACUUACAGCUUUCAGUGAGUUGCGUACACAUACGCUUAACGAUCACAUUUGGACGGCACGCAUCACUUAUAGUACCAUCUUUGAUUCCGCAAG